AUGCCGCGCCUCCUCUGCCUUUGUCUUCUGUGGUUCGGGCUCCUGCUGGCUCGGUGUUCCUGUGAGCUGAGCGACCUCACUAGAGCCAGGAAGCUGUGCGGCAGGCACCUGGUGAAAGAAAUAGUAAAACUCUGUGGCCGUGCUAACUGGAGCCGGUUCCAUUUCGAGGAGGAGCCCUCUUUGGCACGGCUGGUUCCCCAGGCCUCGGAGAAGGUUGACGCCUUCAUGCCCGACCACUUCAGAAGCCCCCAAACCCCUUUCUCGGUCGGGGGAAGAGGCACAAAACCAGCCUCGACCUGCUGGGAAGAAGCAAUAAACAGUUGGAAGAUGCAGUCACUGUCUCACUAUCCACAUGAAAAGGCGAACUCACCCCCUGAUAAGACAAGAGAAUUUUCCUUAUCACAUGAUAUUAAUCCAUAUAUUCAUGAGAGUGUAAAAUUUCAGAAAAAAAGUGCAAACAAAAUUAAAACCUUAAGCAAUUUGUUUUGGGGGAAUCACCCCCAAAGAAAACGUAGAGGAUACUCAGAAAAGUGUUGUCUUAGAGGAUGUACAAAAGAAGAACUUAGCAUUGCAUGUCUCCCAUAUAUUGAUUUUGAAAAUUUAGAGGGAAAAGAAUCAUCGCUUGUGACUGAGAUAUACUAA